AUGGAACAACAAAUGAUGGAAAUACUACCAGAAAAUUUUUUGACAAAUCUACGAAAAUUAGAUAAGCAUGUUUCUGAAUCUAGCAACACUUCCAUUUUCUAUAGCAUGUAACAAUUUAUUCGAACAGUACACGAAAUGGAAGAUACAAUUUUAAUUCCCAAACGGCUUCUAGAUUUAACUGUAAACGAUUUACAAGAUACAAUUUAUUUGGAAGACAAAUAUAUUUCUAUCAUUAAAGCAAAUGCAGAUUUGUAUCAUCUUUAUAAUAUUAUUAAUCAAAUGAAAGUCGAAAUGUUAUGGUCACAUGAUCAUAUGAACAAUUGUCAUGAUUCAGAAGAAGAUUCUAUUUUAAUGCAAAGAUUUAAUAAACAUACUAAGAGUUUAAAUAACACAUCAGUUUAUAAUAUAAAAAGUAUUGGUACUUCUUUUAAUUCAGAAUCAGAUAUAAUCAUUAAAAAUCAUCCUGAAAUGAUAAAUGAAGACGAUGCUAAUACUAUUAUACAAUCUUUUAAAAAACAUUAAUUAUAUUUUAAUAUUCAAAAAAUGACAUUAGCUGCUGAAUAUUUGAUAUUAACAUAUCAAAGAAUGGUCAAUCACCAAACAUAA